AUGGCUUCCCCGAACGAAAACGACGAAGUUCCCAUGCUUCUUCCGAUUCCAGAAGCAACAACUCGGGCUCACACUAGGGAUUUCACUUGCACGAAUCGUAGUGUUUCCCUCUCGAACCCUCUGCGAACACAGAGAUCAAGACAACCUCCUUUAGUGCAGCAAAUGAGUGGUCCUCUUUACUCUACUCGCAGACCUGAAUCUCUCUUCCCAACCUCUCCUAUUGAACCUCCUGAUAUCUCCUCUACCGUUGAUAUUCCAUCUCAAAAUGAGUUCGUCUUGAAAAACACAAAUCUCUUUAAAUCUGGACAACUAGGGAUGUGUAAUGAUCCUUACUGUACUACUUGUCCUUCUUAUUACAACCUCCAAGCUGCUCAAUUUCGCCCUUCCAGAGUCUCUGCCUCCAGGUUCCACACUGCUCUGUAUGAUGAUGCUAGAGGUUGGGCUAGGCGAUUUGCUUCCUCUGUUCGUAGACGCUUACCUGGAAUCAUGAACCCUCAUUCCAAAUUCGUCCAAGGCUGGACUAGAUUCUUAGCCUUUUCAAGCUUGCUGACUAUUUUUAUCGAUCCCCUCUUCUUAUUCCUCUUACUCAUCCAACAUAACAACAGAUGCAUAGAAAUUGACUGGCCUAUGACUAACGUAUUGGUGUUUCUUAGAAGUAUGUCGGAUCUUAUAUUCUCCAUUAACAUUCUGCUUCAGUUUCGGUUGGCCUAUGUGGCUCCUGAGUCCAGAAUAGUUGGUGCCGGCCAGUUAGUUGAUCAUCCUGGGAAAAUUGCUCGCAAUUACGUCCGAGGAAAGCUUUUCCUUGACCUGUUCAUAGUGUUACCCGUUCCACAGAUAAUGAUACUAUGGAUAAUACCAGCACACUUAAGCUCAUCUAGGGCAGGAACUGAGAAACACAUUAUACGCGUGAUAGCUCUUAUUCAAUACUUUCCAAAGCUAUAUAGACUUCUUCCUCUUCUUGCUGGACAAACACCUACCGGCUUCAUUUUUGAGUCGGCUUGGGCUAAUUUUAUUAUUAAUCUUCUCACCUUCAUGCUUGCUGGUCACGCUGUUGGCUCUUGCUGGUAUCUUUCAGGACUUCAGAGAGUUAAAAAAUGCUUGUUGAAUGCUGCUUGGAAUAAUUCAGUGGAAGAACGUAGAAAUCUUAUUGAUUGUGCUCGUGGAAGCUAUGAAUCAGAGUCACUACGAGCUCUGUGGAGAGAUAGUGCAAGUGUCAAUGAUUGUUUUCAAGAGAAUGGUUUCACUUAUGGAAUCUAUUUGAAGGCAGUCAAUCUUACCAAUGAAUCCAAAUUCUUCACAAGAUACAGUUACUCUCUGUUUUGGGGAUUCCAGCAAAUCAGCACACUUGCUGGAAACGUAACACCAAGUUACUCAGUUGGGGAGGUUUUCUUUACAAUGGCUAUCAUUGGACUAGGCCUUUUGCUUUUUGCACGACUUAUCGGUAACAUGCACAACUUCCUUCAAGCUCUUGAUCGAAGGAGGAUGGAAAUGAUGCUGAGACGGCGUGAUGUGGAGCAAUGGAUGAGCCAUAGACGCUUGCCUGAGGGUAUAAGAAAGAGGGUGCGAGAGGCUGAGCGGUUCAAUUGGGCUGCGACUAGAGGAGUUCACGAGGAGUUGCUCUUUGAGAAUAUGCCUGAAGAUCUUCAGAGAGAUAUAAAACGUCACCUCUUCAAAUUUCUCAAGAAGGUGAGGAUAUUUUCGUUGAUGGAUGAAUCAAUCUUAGAUGCAAUCCGCGAGAGGCUAAAACAGAGGACAUACAUAAGGAGUAGCAUGGUGUUGCAUCGCAGAGGUCAAGUUGAGAAAAUGGUUUUCAUAGUGAGAGGUGAGAUGGAAAGCAUUGGAGAAGACGGUUUUGUUCUUCCUUUAUCAGAAGGCGACGUAUGUGGUGAAGAACUUCUCACUUGGUGCCUUGAGCGCUCUUCUAUAAACCCCGAUGGGACGAGGAUAAAGAUGCCGCCAAAGGGUUUGGUUAGCAGCAGAAAUGUUAGAUGUGUGACAAACGUGGAGGCGUUUUCGCUGAGUGUAGCAGAUCUUGAAGACGUGACGAGCUUGUUUUCAAGAUUCUUAAGGAGCCAUCGUGUGCAAGGAGCCAUAAGGUACGAGUCUCCUUAUUGGAGGCUACAAGCUGCUAGGCAGAUUCAAGUGGCUUGGAGAUACAGAAUGAAACGGCUUCAAAGAUUAUACAUUGCUCAGUUCAGUUCCAGCCUUUAGAUUUUCUUGUUGUGUGAUAUUUGGUUUGGUAAAAUUGAGAAUAUACGUAUAAAGAGCUUAGUGGUUGUUAGAUAGUUGUAUAAGAUGGCUCAUUAGUUCAUUCAUUA